UGUUUUGUAGGUCUUGAUCCUGCAGCCUAUUCUAAAAAGGUAGGAGAAGUCUGCUUCCUCUUUUGCACCAGACCUGAGUUGGGUCACUGUGGUAGGUAGUCACGUCUCUGGUCUCUUAGUCGGUGGUACCUCAAUGGUCUUGGAGCUAUCCAAAUAAACCCACGUCUAACCAGAUAUCCUCAAGUUCUUCACCCAACAUCCAAGUUUCCCUAUCGCCGUUCGAGGAACGCUUCCAUGGAUCAGUCAAAGUACCGCAUGGCCGGCGUGCAGGACAAGCUGGAGGUGCUGGGGGUGGAGGACGAUGCGGGCAAUCCCAUCAGCGCCCUGACCAUCCUGUCGCUGCUGGAGCGUGUGGCAGGCAUCAUCGACAACGUCCAGGCUGGCCAGCAGCGCAUGGAGGAGCAGCAGCUGGACCUGGAGACCAACAUCAAGACCAUCCAGGGUGAUGUCCUGAAGCUAGCCAAAGACCACACCACCACCAGUGGCACCGUGGAGAAGCUGCUCCAGAAGACGCGUAAGGUCAGCUCCAAUGUCAAGGAGGUGCGCACGCGGGUGGAGAAGCAGAACUUGCGAGUCAAGAAGGUGGAGACCACACAGGAGGAGCUGCUGACCAGAAACAAGUUCCGGGUCAUCAUUUAUCAGGGGGAACAUGAGAUCCCUUCGGUGGCCGUGACAAAGACCCCAAAAGGAGCUGUUGGUAUGGAGGGGUUGGUGAUCGAACCAGACACCUACGAUGUCCCAGGGGACAUCUCCUCAGAUGAGGAAUACAUGACAGUGGACGAGACUGAAGGAGGAUCCAGAACUGCCCGCUUGAAGGCGUCAGGCAUGAAGGGCAUUGAAAGCAUCAAGCAGGCCUUCUCCAAGGAGACCAUGACCAAGACCAAGGACAACUUGGGCACCAAGUUCCACAACAUGGGCGAGAAAAUGGUGCCCCCCGAAAGACGGGAGAAGAUGCACCAGGCCAGCGAGCGCAUCAAGCACUCUGGCGAGAGGCUGAAGGAGAACAUCGCCAAGAAGGCCCCCACCAAGGAGUCCUUCCGCAUCAAGCUGAAGAAGGAGAGGACCGUGGCCGAGGGCCAGGAGGGAGCUGAGGCUGACGGGGAGGUCGAUGAGGCGGUGACCCCAGUCAAGGGAAGAAAAAGCCCGGAAGUCAGUAAAACCCCAGUAGUAACCUACACGGAGGUUGUAACGGAGAGGGAAACCAAGAGGGAGGGUCCCGUGGAGGAGCCGGCCGCCAUCCGGAUAGGGGAGGUAGGGAAAUUCACUGUGGAGGCAGUGGAAGAGGGCAAGGAGGACGAAUACGACAGGAAGUAGAUCUCCAGCAUGUUGCCGCAACACAACGAGAAGUCACCAACAUAGGAAGUGAAGCCGGGUAGGAAGAAGCUUGCGGUGUCUUGCAAGAGAGAUGGUCUGUGACGAAUCAACAUCGACGACAGACAAUUUACAUUAUCAAUCCGUUUAAAAAUCAAAGAGAUACUUCUGUUGAAUAGACAGUAACAGCCAAAAGUUUGGACACAACUAUUCAUUCAAAGGUUUUUCUUUACCUUUACCAUUUUCUACAUUGUAGAAUAAUAGUGAAGACAUCGAAACGAUGAAAUAAAUAACAUAUAUGAAUCAUGUGAAAGUGGUUGAUAGAAUGCCCGGAGUGUGCAAAGCUGUCAUCAAGGAAAAGGGUGGCUACUUUGAAGAAUCUAAAAUAUAUAAUAUAUUUUGAUUUGUUUAACACUUUUUUGGUUACUACAUGAUUCAAUAUGUGUUAUUCCAUAGUUUUGAUGUCUUCACUAUUAUUCUACAAUGUAGAAAAUGGUAAAAAUAAAGAAAAACCCUUGAAUGAAUAGGUGUGUCCACACUUUUGACUGGUACUGUGUAUACUGACCAGUCGACAGAGGAGUGGAAAGAGUUCUGUGACUGACCUGAUAAUCUAUAAAGAUUGUGUUUCUGGGGUGUCAGAUGUUGGUAGGCUAGUGACCCACUGUCACGUGUCAUUGAAAUGGGCUGUUAUUAUUUUCAACUUGGGAAUGAUUUUUAACGAUAUGGGUUGUAAAAAUGUACGUGGACACAUUCACACAAGAACACAGAGAAAUGUGUCAAACGUAACAUUUUCAUGGAAAGACAUAUUGGGAUGAAUUCAGGUCAGGGGUUGUUUGGGGCAACAGUACAUAAGUAUUGGGCACAUUGGUAACUACUGUAUAUUAACUGCUAUGUUGCUUUUGGCGUUAAAGUUAAGUACAAAAACACAUUGUUCCCAGAUGUUUGGUUGCUAAUCGAUUUCUUUGACUAGUCAAGAAAAAACGCUCGCAAGUUAGAAAUGAAUUUCCACUAAGUGUUUGGAAGGGGAAAGAGUUUAACUGAAAGGAGAAAAGAGAGAUUGCAAAGUACCUUUGAGGUGAUUCUGAAGGUUGAGGAAGUUUGCGUAUGAUAUUGAUCUUAAAUCCGAAUGUAAAAUGUUGUACAUAGCAUAACCGUAAUAAUGAUAUUGGUCAACACAGAUCUCAGCUGGCCUCUGAAGAGUUUGAAAAAGUCAAACUAUACAGAUAUAAAACUACUGUAUAUAGAUAUGAAUGACAGAUUGAGUUCUGUGUGUUUCAAAAUCCAACAAGGAUUGACCAUUUGGUUACAAUGGGUUCUAUGGUUACAGACAACAUGCAGUAGGUAACAAUGGGUUCUAUGGUUACAGACAACAUGCAGUAGGUAACAAUGGGUUCUAUGGUUACAGACAACAUGCAGUAGGUAACAAUGGGUUCUAUG